AUGGCCACCAAGAUGAAGCUCCUCCGCUUCCUCAAACAGACAAAGCUCAUCCGACCGCCUCGGGACGCCGAGCAGGGUGCAAAGCGGCCCGCAAGCCCGCGGUACGUCUACUCGCUCACCGCCUUCGUCUCGCUGGGCGGCUUCCUCUUCGGCUGGAACCAGGGCGUCAUGGGCAUGAUCGUUGCCGACGAGCGCUGGUCCGCCCUCAUGGGCCACCCCAGCGACUGGGCCAUCGGGCUCGUCGUCAGCAUCUACAACCUCUCGUGCGCCGCGGGCGCGCUGGCCGGGUCAGCCGCCGACGCCCUCGGCAGGGAGCGCACGCUAUCCCUCGCCUCCGGGCUCACCAUCCUGGGCGCCCUCGCGCAGGCGGCCAGCUCAACCAUUGCGCAGAUGACGGCAGGCCGGUUUAUCACGGGCUUGGGCAUAGGCGCUUUCGCCGCGGGGGUGCCGCUGUACAUCUCCGAGAUCAGCCCGCCCUCGUUGCGCGGGCGCAUCGUUGGCAUAAACCUGAUGAUCCUUUGCUUUGCCGAAAUGGCCGUGUUCUUUGUCGACUACGCCUGCUUCCUUCUCAUGCCCUCAGACGGCUGGUGGCGCCUCCCCGUAGCCUUGCAGGUGAUACCCGCCGUGCUCCUGGCCGCUGGUUGUUGGCGGUCCUCUUGGGUCCCGCCCUCGCCGCGAUGGCUUGUCGCGCAGGAGCGGUACGACUGCGCGCUCGAGGUGCUCACGCGCCUACAUGGCGGCGAGGCGGCCGCGAUCGAGAUGGCCGAGAUCAAGGACUCUGUGGGCGAUGAGGAGGCCAGUGGAGAUCUGGUACAGGCUAGCUGGAGCGACAUGUUCAGGGGCCCCGUCUUGCGCGUCACGAUGCUUGGGGUCACCAUCCAGUUUCUUCAGCAGGCCACUGGAACCAAUGCGAUCUUCUACUACACGCCCCAGCUAUUCCACAACGGGGGAAUCACGGACCCCAACAUUGCCAAUCUGGCGACGAGUGGUGUGGGCGUGGUCUUGUUCCUGUCCUCGUGGAUUCCCAUCUUCUACUACGACAAGCUGGGGCGGAAGACGUGGCUGCAGCUGGGCCUCGUUGGCAUGUUCACAGCCCUUGUUGGCAUCGCAGUUCUGCAGAGACACGCAGAGACCCAUCCCGGCGACCCUAGAAACUACGCCAUCAUCGCGUUUCCUUUUCUAUUCUUCACGUUCUUCAACAUGUCAUGGAGCUCUGGUAGCUGGCUGUACGCCGCCGAGAUCUUCCCAAUCUCAUUACGGUCCAAGGGAAACGCACUUUGCACGGCAUCACUCUGGAUGGCAAACUUCCUCGUCGCACAAGUAACCCCACCCAUCAUGACAGCAAUAUCAUGGGGCCUGUACUUGAUAUUAGCUGCCAUCAACGUCCUCGCGUUCAUAUUCAUCCGCUACUGUCUUGUUGAAACCAGAGGCAAGACCCUCGAGGAGAUGGCCUCCCUGUUCGGCAUUGAGGAAAAGAGCUCUGAGGGACAGAGCGACAGAUCUGCUGAGCGUCGUGAACUGUUACGGGCAGAUCCAGUCGACGAAGUCGAAGACGAGCCGUAG